AGAAAGUCGGGCUGAAGGAGGGGCCGCGAAGAGGGAGGAGGAGGAAGAGGAAAGGGCCGGGCGGCAGCGGCGGCUGUAGGUUGUGCGGCGGCUCUCCCCUGGGCGGACGAUGGACAGCCAGGGCAGGAAGGUGGUGGUGUGCGACAACGGCACCGGGUUUGUGAAGUGUGGAUAUGCAGGCUCUAAUUUUCCAGAACACAUCUUCCCAGCUUUGGUUGGAAGACCUAUUAUCAGAUCAACCACCAAAGUGGGAAACAUUGAAAUCAAGGAUCUAAUGGUUGGUGAUGAGGCAAGUGAAUUACGCUCAAUGUUAGAAGUCAACUACCCUAUGGAAAAUGGCAUAGUCCGAAAUUGGGAUGAUAUGAAACACCUGUGGGACUAUACAUUUGGACCAGAGAAACUUAAUAUAGAUACCAGAAAUUGUAAAAUCUUGCUCACAGAACCACCUAUGAACCCAACUAAAAACAGAGAGAAGAUUGUAGAGGUAAUGUUUGAAACUUACCAGUUUUCUGGUGUGUAUGUAGCCAUCCAGGCAGUUCUUACUUUGUAUGCUCAAGGUUUGUUGACUGGUGUAGUGGUGGACUCUGGCGAUGGGGUAACUCACAUUUGCCCAGUGUAUGAAGGCUUUUCUCUCCCUCACCUUACCAGGAGACUGGAUAUUGCUGGGAGGGAUAUUACCAGAUAUCUUAUCAAGCUGCUUCUGUUGAGAGGAUACGCCUUCAACCAUUCUGCUGAUUUUGAAACUGUUCGCAUGAUUAAAGAAAAGCUGUGCUAUGUGGGAUAUAAUAUUGAGCAAGAACAGAAACUGGCCUUAGAAACCACAGUGUUAGUUGAAUCUUAUACACUCCCGGAUGGUCGCAUUAUCAAAGUUGGGGGAGAGAGAUUUGAAGCACCAGAAGCUUUAUUUCAGCCUCACUUGAUCAACGUAGAGGGAGUAGGUGUUGCUGAAUUGCUUUUUAACACAAUCCAGGCGGCUGACAUUGAUACGAGAUCUGAAUUCUAUAAGCACAUUGUGCUUUCUGGGGGGUCUACUAUGUAUCCUGGGCUGCCAUCACGGUUGGAACGUGAACUUAAACAGCUUUACCUAGAACGAGUUUUAAAAGGAGACGUAGAAAAACUUUCUAAAUUUAAGAUCCGCAUUGAAGACCCACCUCGCAGAAAGCACAUGGUAUUCCUGGGUGGUGCCGUUCUAGCAGAUAUCAUGAAAGACAAAGACAACUUUUGGAUGACCCGACAAGAAUACCAAGAAAAGGGUGUUCGUGUGCUGGAGAAACUUGGUGUUACUGUUCGAUAAACUCUAAAGCUUGUUCCCAUCACAUCCCUAAUGCUUUCCUUUUUCCUUUAUUGCCAAUCUUUGAACUCAUUCAACUCCAUGACAUGGAAGAGGCCUCUCUGUGCCCUUUGACUGGAAAGGUCAGGUUUUAUUCUGGCAUCUUGGGGGUUGGCGGGGGAAGCUUUGUUAAAUUUUUGUUAAUGUGGGUAAAUCUGCCUGUUGAAUUCAACCACUUCCCUGCAAACAGAAACAAGAGGACAAAGGGUCCUGUCUGCUGCACUGUUUCUUCUAAGUAGGCAUUUAGAUCAUUCCUCUAGGCUUCCUAUUUUCACUUUACUGCUCUAAUGCUGCUAGUUUUAGUCUUUAGCACACUAGGUGGUAUGCCUUUAUUAGCAUAAGAAAAACUUUAACCGGAGCUUUCACGUAUUACUGGGGUGGGGGUGGUAAGGGAUGGGUAGGCAGCCCCUGAACCCUAUGUAGCAUUUCCUGUGUAGUAUGGCUCUUUAAACAGUUACUGCUGCAACUUGAAGAACGUAAAGCUUCUCUUUUUAGCAUUUUAGGGAAAUGUUAGGCUCAGAACAAAAGUGUUUUGCUUUGGGUUUUGUGUGGGUUGGGAAGGGGUGGUCUUUUGAUUUUGAUUUUUGAGCUUUUCUGCUCUGGGGUACGUAAGAUGAACUUUAUUUACAGUACUUUCAUUUGGCAGGUUUUCUUCUAUUUUUGGUAUGCCUGGAAAUGUUUCCAUAUGAUAUAAAAAGCAAGUGUAGUAGUCCAUUACUAUGUGGUUUAGGGAUUUAUUUGUUUUUUAAAAUCAACCAUGUCAGCUGGAACUAGACUCCCUAGAAUCUGUCAGUGGAAAAAUAACAUUUAAAAAUGCUUUUGGAAAUUCAAGUUACAGAUUUAAAAGUGCUUAAAAGCUGGUAUUUUCUAAAUGCUUCUGUUUAUCCAGAAGCAUUAAUGUAACCCAGUGCCAAGUACCAUUCUUGCAAAUUAUUAUUUUAUAUAACUGACCAGUGCUUAUUUAAUAAAACAAGCAGAACAAAUAGUCACUGGCAGUAGGUUGUAAUUGUUGGGUUAAAAAUAACGUUGGAAUAUGGGACUUGUUGCCAGUUGGGUAAUUUGCAUUAGUUUUUUUGUUUGUUUAUGUUUGCUUUAAUUUGAAACUUGCAAGUGGAAUAAAAUCUAAAGUGUUGGCCCCCCCAAAGAAAUCACGUUUUAAAUUUGUAUUUGUAUUGAAAAACUAAUCAUAAAUGCUAAUUCCAGCCAUCUUUUAUACUUGAAAGAAAAGUUGGUAUUUUCUAAAUGUUAAGCAGACUUUACUGCCUGUAUUAGAAAAUCAUAUUUGUGCAUUCUAUUGUUAUUGCUUGGUAUUUGUUAUCAAAUAAUACCCAGGCGUGAGUUCUUUCUAAAUUUGGAAAAUAAAGUAAAAUAAAAUAAAGUUGUAUCACUGUGAUACAACUUCUUUUUACUUCAUUUUCCAUCACAGUGAAUAGGAAAGGCAGAUUCUGGGGGGAAAAAUGUUUUUCUUUAUUCAAAACAUUCUUUACUAAUAAUGGCUUUGAAAGAAGAAAUUUAAUUUAGGGGUGACUAAAAUCGGAGAAAUUAUUGGCUUUAGAUUCUUUUCUGUGAGAAAAUGUAAAAAAUUAAUUUAUGUGAAAUAAACAGCAAAAGAAGGGUUAGUUCUAAUUAUUGCAGCUUCUGUUAAUAUUAAGUAUUUUUUGUCUGUUUACCUCAAUUUGAACAAGUAAAAGUAGUUUGCCUGCAUGCUGGACAUGCUUCAGUACAGAUGACUAGCCUAUGAAUAACAGCUACUAGAUUUUAGGGAUGUGGAUCUCAGAGUCACUUUGGAAUGCUAAAGUGUUCCUAAAUCAUGUUUUUAAUAAAUACUCCCAGCCUUUUGAGUACUGGGCUUGUUAGAGGACACAUAUGUAGGACCUUACGUAGUAACCACUGGCUGUUCAUUUCAGGUAUAUGGAUUGACUCCUGGCCUUUGGUUGUGAAUUAAAAAACAUGGGGGUAGAAAACAACAAAGAAUGGGAUGGACUCAAAUGAAACAAUGAAAAAGCAUUUAUCAUUUGUCCCUUGAAAGUAGAAUUUGGUUUUAAUUUCAUAAUUCUCCUAGCAAACAUGACAGUUAAAAUGGUGUAUUAAUAUAUAUAUAUAUAUAGUAUAAUUUAAAAAUUCCAUUUUAUAAUUUUUCUAUUCCAAGUUGAAAUAAUGCCUUUAGUAGUUUUGGGGGUGUAGGAGAGUAUUAUGUUUAAUCAGAGUUGUUGUCAGGUAUGGGUCCCACAGAAAUUUAAAAAUUUUCUUUUUUAAAAGAAAUCUCUUUUCCCUCUUGGAAACCAUUGUCACUUCAAUUUCCAGUAAUUAUUAAAAUUCUUUUAUUUUAAAAUUAGAAUUGUCAAUGCUUUGACCUUUGAGAAGGGUUUCUUAGAAAUAGGUCCUACUUUUAAAUUUUUCUUUAAAAUGUUGUAUUGGAUGUUAACUUUUACAUAGUUCUGAGCACUGUUAACAAUGUCUGGAAAGUAUUUCAAGAGAUCAGUGGAAAGCUAAACAUUCUAAAUUUAACAUGAACACACUUCUUUUUGAUUCAGAAAAUAAAAUUGAAUCAGAUUUUUCAAAGUAAA